AUCUUGAAAACAGGCAAACCUGACAAAUAGAAAAGUUCAUGCAAUAGAUGUUGUCCUCAUUCUGGUGUAUUAUUAAUUCUUACUCGGCAUUCAUUUCAUAAUGGCUACAUCAAACACGAGUUUCCUGGGAUAUCUGAUUCGAGAAGCUAGCGGCCGUAUGACAGACAGCCCUGUGUUCAAUACAGCUAUCAUUCUGUUCAUUAUAUAUCUUUCUUACAACAUUGUCAACCGUCUUCGCAUAGCAUAUUUCUCACCUUUGAGCCGUAUUCCGGGACCAUGGCAUGGUCACCUGACCGGCCUCGUCCUCAGGUAUCAUAUCCUGAAUGGUAACCGGGUGAAUUAUGUGCAAUCACUACAUGAAAAGUACGGGCCAUUUGUCCGAGUCUCUCACAACGAAGUCGUGACUUGCGAUGCCGCAGCUACGAAGGAUAUCCAUGCAGUUGGUACUACUUGGCGCAAAUGGAGUCAUAUCCCCGAUGAUAUUACUCCAAACAUCUUCAGCAUCGUUGAUCCAAAACAACAUAGUAUUCGGCAACGAUUCUAUAAGAAAUUUUUUCAACAGACAACGCUGCGAAAGACAAUGGAACCGGCAGUUUUGACGACAGCCAAAAUGGCCAUACAGGGAAUGAAAAAAGAUGCUGCUGCAGCAGGAAAUGUUGUUAACGUGCACGAAUGGUUCAUGUUAUUCGGUAAUGACAUCAUGUCCCUUCUGACAUUCGGUGAAGGAUUCGGUCUGAUGGAGAAAGGCGAAAGAGUAGUAAGUGUCGUGACUCCGGUAGAGCUUCACAAAAUGAUUGCAUGGUCAGAGCUCUCGAUCCCAAUCUUCUUGAUUGGUCGUUUUGUAUUAUCGCACUUUUCAGAGCGUAUGAAGGCAGUUUUCCGCGCUGAUGUGGCCCUUAAUCCAACGGAGGAUAAAGCGAUCGCGCAGCUGAGAAUGGAUAGAACAGACGAAGAAGGGCGAACGGUCUUUGCCAGGGCCAUUGAGGAUGCCAAGGAAGAUGAAAUGUUGAAAGGUCAUGGCAAAACACGCUUGACGGACGAUGAAAUUGCUGCAGAUGCCUUGGGAUUCCAGUUGGCUGGAGCAGAACCUGUGGGAGUUUCCUUAACUUACUUGAUAUGGUGUAUCCUACAGCACCCGGAUGUACAGAAGCAAGUUGAGAUGGAAGUGGCAGAUGUCGAACUCUCAGAUGCCGCUCUUGAAAAUUUGCCCAUCCUUAACUCGACUAUAUUGGAGUCUUUACGAUUAUGGGGUGGCAAUGCGACGGCAAUGAGAAGACGGGAGGAUAUAACGGAUGGCGGGGUACUCCUUGCUGGAUUGUACCUUAUUCCCAAAGGCACGGUAGUCUCCACGCAGGCAUAUUCCUUGCACCGUAACCCAGACAAUUGGAAAGAUCCCUUUAGGUGGGACCAUAAGCGAUGGCUUGAUCCUGCUCAAAGUCAUUCGAUAUCAACGGAUCGUUUCCAGCCUUUCAGCGCAGGUAGUCGAAUGUGUGCUGCAUAUCAUCUCGCCUUGAUGGAAAUACGCGUUAUGGCUGCGGUGUUCUUCAAGUCUCUCCCAGGGGCCAGGCUGGCUCCGUCUGUAACCCCGGAAAGCAUGGUAAUGGUUGAUCGAUUCAAUCUAUUCCCCAAGCACGAUAGCUGUGAGGUCAUUUUGAGUACUGGUAACUAAUUGAACCCAUCCAUGUUGCCGAAAGUUCAUUAUCCCAUUUGAGAUUAACUGUACCUUUUGUGACUCAGUGUUCAUCGCUGAUGUUAACAUGUGAUGGCUGAUCAUAGUGUCAAUCAGUCAUACUACCAUGUGCGGUAAUGGAAGUCUAGGUUAAUCGCAAGAUCCUAAUCGCUACGGACGGGUUUUACAUUCAAUGUUACGUUACAAAGUUAUUGCAAUAAAAUAAUGAGAUAUUGAUUAUUAUACUAUC